GCUAGAUAGAUAAAGUUAAAAAUCAAAAGCCGAUUUGCAAAGAAAUAAGAAUUUAAUUAUGCUCUUUGAAUUAAAUUGCAAUUUAUGUAUGUGUUAGGUAUAAUCAAAUUAAAAGACAAAUUUAAACAGGAUGUUUAACUCGAAAAACUUUCUGUUUUUUAUUGCCGUAUUCAUUGAGACAAUUUUUAACGCUAAUGGUGAUUUAUUUAAUGAAGAGCUAUUUAUUAAACCUCUACCACCGGCACACCUUUACACAUAUUUUCAAUUUACUACCUUAGUAAAUGAUAACCUGUCAUCCGAGCACACCUAUUUAGCACCUAGGUCUUUGGUGGAAGUGUUGACACGAUUCCAAGUUGAUGAACUGCAUUUCACACUAACCGAGGGGCAGUGGAGGCAUAAUCAUUGGGGUUAUCCUGUGCUUGAUGCAGCUCCUGGAGCAGAACUAUACGCUUGGUUUUCCUCAGAUGUGGAAAAUGUUGAUACACAAUGGAAAAAAUUAAGUUCCACCCUUGCAGGACUGUUCUGUGCAUCUUUAAAUUUUAUUGAAGAUUUCAACACUAUAACACCUCAAAUGGCAUUACAACCGACCGGUGCUAUACCACAAAAUCCUAAUAUAACAUCACAGUUACGCUAUGCUUCUCUGCCUAGAGAAAUUGUAUGCACAGAAAACUUAACACCAUGGAAGAAACUUCUUCCUUGUGAAUCUAGUAGAGGGCUUUCAGCAUUGUUAAACUCAAGAAUGAUACACAAUACCAAUUAUCAUUCUAUUGGAGUUCAUACAAGAAAAGUGUGUUCAUCUAGUGAUUGUUCAGUAGUGAGCCUAGAGAUAAAGCAAACGGUAGCUUUGGUUUAUGAUUCUAAGAUUAUUCGAACCACCGAUUGGUCUUUUACUAAAUUAUUUGGCCAAGGGUUGCCUGGUGGAUGCCCUCUUGCAUCAAGUAGCAAAGUGUAUGUAGAUAUCACCACCAAUGAUACCCAGCCAUUCCUUCUAUCUCCAGAGCCAGAAAAGGUUCUACUGUCACAGCGAGGAGGCAGUGAAACAAAACUUGCUCUGUACACAAUUAAACCUGAAAACAAAAUGACUACUAUUGGAGCCAAAUAUAUCAGUAAGAAAGAUUUGGUUCUUAUGAAACUGCCCCCACUUUAUUUCAAUCGUUAUGUAUUAGGUUAUGGAAAGGAAUUUGGAGGUAUUGUGACUGAACUGACCAAUACUUUUUGGUCCUCCAUUGAUGUUGUUGUAUUGCAGAAUGCACCUUGGUGGUUGCCUAUUCAAUUAAGCUCUUUAAGAAUCAACGGGGAAGCGUCAAGUGAGAUGGUGUUAGCUAGGCAUUAUUCACCUGGGCGUAGCAGACAAAAACCUUAUCACUUGGAGUUACUGCUGAGGCUACCACCUAAGUCAACAACUAAGAUAACUAUUGAUUUUGAAUUCGUAUUCUUAAAAUGGCAAGAGUAUCCACCAGAUGCUAAUCAUGGCUUUUAUGUUGGGUCAGCAAUAAUAACUGCUAAUUUACCAACAGCAAGAAAUUAUACUAGUUUACCAGGGACUGCAAGCUUAUUUGAAUCUUCAAUUAAUGCAUCAAAACCAUGGUAUCCUGCAGUAUUUCGUACUAAUGGUGUGAUGGUAUCAUUACCAACACCAGACUUCAGUAUGCCAUAUAAUGUGAUAUGUCUUGCUUGUACAGUUGUGGCCCUUGCUUUUGGACCUCUGCAUAAUAUUUGUACAAAAGAAUUAGUUCUCAAAGUUGUUGGUUCUUCUGUUACUUUAAAACAAAAGAUUAUUAAUUUAUUUAAAAAGAAAAAGGAGUGAAAUUUUCAUAAAUUUGCAAUACCAAAUAAAUUGUAUAAAUAAAAUAAAAAAGCUUUAAUAAUUAAUU